AGGACCGGGCGGGCCCGGGGCUGCGGCGGGGCCUGGGUGGCCGGAGGAGCGGGGACCCCGGCUCUCGGCUCCCGGCGCCAUGUGAGGGGGCUCGGGGGGCCGCUGGGGCCCAGGCUCCCCGGCGGAGAUGAGGACACUGAGGCCCAGCGAGGUCACAUGGCUUGCUCGAGGCCCCCCAGCCAGUGUGACCCCACUUCCCUGCCCCCAGGGCCGCCUGCAGGACGCUGGCCCCUACCCCUGAGCAGACGGCGGAAAGAGAUGAGUAACAACAAAGAACAGCGGUCAGCAGUGUUCGUGGUCCUCUUUGCCCUCGUCACCAUCCUCAUCCUCUAUAGCUCCAGCAGUGCCAAUGAGGUCUUCCACUACGGUUCCCUGGGGGGUCGCAGCCGCCGGCCCGUCAACCUCAAAAAGUGGAGCUACGCCAGUGCCUAUGUUCCUCUCCUCGGCAACAAGACGCUGCCUUCCCGGUGCCACCAGUGUGUGAUCGUCACCAGCUCGAGCCACCUGCUGGGCACCAAGCUGGGGUCCGAGAUCGAGCGGGCCGAGUGUACCAUCCGCAUGAAUGAUGCGCCCACCACAGGCUACUCGGCCGACGUGGGCAACAAGACCACCUUCCGUGUGGUGGCCCACUCCAGCGUGUUCCGGGUGCUGCGCAGGCCCCAGGAGUUUGUCAACCGGACCCCCGAGACCGUCUUCAUCUUCUGGGGCCCUCCGAGCAAGAUGCAGAAGCCGCAGGGCAGCCUGGUGCGUGUGAUCCAGCGGAUGGGCAUGGCCUUCCCGCACCUGGAGGCCUACGCCGUCUCUCCCGACCGCAUGCAGCAGUUCGACGAGCUCUUCCGGGGUGAGACGGGCAAGGACAGAGAGAAGUCACAUUCAUGGCUGAGCACCGGCUGGUUCACCAUGGGGUUGGCGGUAGAGCUGUGUGACCAUGUGCACGUCUAUGGCAUGGUGCCCCCUGACUACUGCAGCGGCCCCGCCUGCAGCGCAUGCCCUAUCACUACUACGAGCCCAAGGGGCCGGACGAGUGUGUCACCUACAUCCAGAACGAGCACAGCCGCAAGGGGAACCACCACCGCUUCAUCACAGAGAAGAGGGUGUUCUCGGCCUGGGCCCAGCUGUAUGGCAUCACCUUCUCCCACCCGUCCUGGACCUAAGCUGCCGCCCGCCCGUCUGCCUGUCCGUCUGCCCGUCUGUCCGUCCAUCCGCACCUCUGGCCGUUUUCUGGCCAAUCAAGGGCUGGCUGGAGUGUCUCCCAGCCAAUCAGCGCCUUGAUGAGGGUGUGAGGGUGUAGCCUUCUGCCGAUUGGCCAAUCAGGGAUUUGGGAAUUUGGUUACGAAUCAGGGUGUCAGGGUCUGGCAUAGUCAGGGUAUUGGGGUGCUUCUGAGUCCAUCAGGGGCUAAGGACAUGGCCUUUCCCAGGAGGCCUUGGUUCAGAGUUCCCAGGAAUGGACCCCAAAUCACUUCCUCCUGGGCUGGGCUGCUGGGGGGAUAGGAGCUGGGAACUUGGGGCUGCCCCCACCUUCAAGUGCCAGCAUCAGGAAGGGAGACGCAGGGGUCGGAGCUGCGGAAGCCUGUGCCGAGGUCUCCCAGGCCAGAGAUCAGGAGCCUGUCUUGGGGAGGUUUUGACAAGCCCUCCCCGCCCCCUCCCCGGUCCACUUCAGCGACUGACUGGAGUCUGAGACCCCCCCUCCCCCGACACUGAGUUGGGGGUUGUGUGGGGGUCCGUAUACCAGGAGCCUGAGCCCCCAGCCCAUGUUGAGCUCCCUGGUGGUGGUGGCCAGGGACGAUCGGGGGUGCCCUUCCCUGACACCUUCUGGAACACUUUUGGGGGUUUCUGUGUCAAUUUCCCUCAGGUUUGGGGGGACCCUACAGGGAGGAGACAAAUCCUGAACCAUCUUUUCAGCCUCCCAGCCCAGCUGCCAUGAACCUGGCUCUUAAAGGGCCAGGCCUCUUUUUCUGCCACCCAGCAGGAGAGUUUUCCACCUGUUGGAGAAGACUUUGGGAGCUGAGAAAGGGGGCUCCCAGCCAACUGGGGUUCUACAGGGGCUUUCGAGAGUCUUCCUGGCCUUUGGGCUUGGAUGCCCUGGGAUGGCUGUAGGGAGCUGGGGGCUGGGUGCCCUGGGUCCUGGCCCUGUCACAGGCACUUUACUGAAGCAGGGGCUCGGAUGGAGGGGAGGGAGGCCGGCCGUGAGCCCAUUGCACACAGGGGUGAUGGGGCUGUGGCCACUGUCCACCUCGUGGUUUUGUAAUGAUUCGUACAGGAAUAAAC